AACUUGAAGCAUUCUUUGGCAGAUCCUGUUGCAAUGUGGCAUGUCAAAGAUCAGAUAGCCCCGUCGGUUCUGCUUGUAGUGGAUUUUGGUGGAUGGUACAGGCUUGACUCUAAAGCAUCCAAUGAUAGCUCAACAGAGAUGAUACAUCACACCCAAGUUUCACUGCUAAAAGAUGUUAUUGUGCCAUAUACGCAUUUGCUUCCUAGGUUGCACGUAUCAGAAAACAAGAAACGCCACACCCUGCUUUAUUUCAAAGGAGCUAAACAUAGGCAUCGGGGUGGACUUGUUCGAGAAAAAUUAUGGGAUUUAUUGAUCAACAAACCUGGAGUUAUAAUGGAAGAAGGCUUCCCCAAUGCUACUGGAAAGGAGCAAUCGAUAAAGGGAAUGAGGACAUCGGAGUUCUGUUUGCACCCUGCAGGGGACACACCCACAUCGUGUAGACUUUUUGAUGCCAUCCAAAGUCUUUGUAUACCGGUCAUUGUUAGUGACGACAUAGAACUUCCGUUUGAAGGAAUGGUGGAUUAUUCAGAAUUUUCUGUCUUCGUGGCAGUUAGUGAUGCAUUGAGGCCAAAUUGGCUUUUGAGUCAUCUUAGAAGCUAUUCUGAAGAGCAGAAGGAUGGAUUCCGGAAAAAUAUGGCUCAGGUUCAACCCAUCUUUGUGUAUGAUAAUGGUUACACAGGUGGCAUUGGCCCAAUACCUCCAGAUGGUGCCGUGAAUCAUAUUUGGAGAAAGAUACACCAAAAAUUGCCCGUGAUCAAGGAAGCUAUUAUCCGCGAGAGGAGAAAACCUCCAGGUGCUUCGGUUCCCCUUCGUUGUCAUUGUACUUGAAUCUGUUUAGGAGAUCAUUCCUAUAUAUAUGUGUUAUCUUCCCUCAAGAUGAGUCCUUUCAACGUAGAAAAGCUUUGAUUACACGACUGCAAAAUGAUUGCAUAUAGUACUAGAGGUGCUUGAUUUGGUUGGAAGAAA